CCACACCUCGGAGGAGCUAGUUUUGGCUGUACGAUUGAUGUAUAUGAGAUCGACCGAGCUCCACCUUACAUUGCUCUCUCUUAUACCUGGGGUGCUCCACUUCCCACACACAGGGUCUGGUUGAACGGUAAAUGCUGGUUUGUUCGCGAGAAUCUGUACAACUUCCUUAACGCCUUUAGUCAGAGCGAGAAGGCGCAACAAACCAAGCAUAUAUGGGUGGAUUCACUCUGCAUCAACCAGACCAAUAUACAGGAGCGAAACCAUCAAGUCGGCAUGAUGGCUGAAGUAUACGGCAAUAGUCAUACUGUCAUUACUUGGCUAGAUGAU